AUGCAAAGCUAUCGAACUGCUGUCCUUACUUGGCAGGACUACAGUGCCAUUCUCACGAAGUGCGAGACGGAGCAGCGGAGGAACCGACUCUGGCUUUGGCUUGUGGCCGGAGUCGCGGCGCUGUUUGCUCUGGGAAGCGCGAUGGAGCGGUGUCUGGGUCGACAUUUGUUCAGUGGUGACCAUGCAAAGGACGAAAAGGUCGAGGAAAAGCGCCGUGAGGUGAAGGAACAGGAGACCAGAAAUGACACUUUCGAGCACGAUAUUUUCUCGCGUAAGAAGGACAGUGCGAUAUGA